AGGAAACCCCCCAACCGCUGCCACCGCCACAGUGCCCGGUGUCACCGCCGCGGCACCGCCCGCCACCACUGCCGGGGGCCAUGCCGCUGCUGAAGAAAACACCCAAGGAGGAGGAGGAGGAUGGCGACCCCUUUGCCGCCAACCCCGAGAGCCGCUACCGCCGCCGGGCCACUCUGGAGCGCCUGGUGGGUCUGGCACCCUUCGGCCGUGCCCGCCGCGCCCCCCCCAAAGAUGGGGAUGGGGACGGUGGCCGGGCGCGGCGGCGGUCAGAGGAUUUCGGGCUGUUGCGGCGGCUGCCGGGGCGGCGCAAGGCCAGCGUGGAGGCGCUGGCAGAGAGGACGGUCCCCAAGCGCAGCUCGCUGCUGCGGCUGGCCUUGGGGACACGGGGACGGCGGGGGUCCACGGGCGAGCGCUCACCGACGGUAGAGAGUGACGGGGUGUCCGACGGGGACCAGGACAGCGGGGGACAGCGUCAGGAGGGGCGCGGGAAGGCCAGGGAGCCGCUCUCAGUGCUGGAGAUCCUGGAGCUGAUCCAGCGGCGGGAGCUGGUGGCGGCUGACGAGCAGAUCAUCGCGCUGGAGGCAGAGUGCGUGGCCUCGUCCCCGUCCCUCUCCGCGUCCCCCGUCCCUGCGGCCGGGCGGCAGGCGCGGGACGUGGCGCUGCUCUACGAGGCUCUGCUGGCACAGCUCUGGGCGGUGGUGGGCGAAGCGGUGCCUGCCGGGCGCCCCUACCCCCCCUUACGCUCGGUGAUCCGGGUGCUGGAGCAGGAGGAGGUGGCCGAUCGCCAGUACGCGCCGGGCACCCCCGGGCGCCCGCGCACCCUCCGUCGCCGCUGGCAGGAGGCAGUGGGGCGGGCGGCGGGCGAGAGGUUGGCACAGGUAGCCCCUGCCGCUGGGUUGGGCGCCCGAUUGGCAGCGCUGGCAGCUCGGUUGGUGGGCGACCUGGGGGCCGUGCGGUGCCACGUGGCCCCCGCUUACCCCCCCGAGUACGGUGCCUUUGGGGUCUACGCCCGCGGGUACCACCGGGCGCUGGCACAGCAGCUGAGCGCGCUGGCACAGAGACCCCUCGCCGUGCCCGACCUCUACUUGCUGCUCGACUGGCACAGCAACACCUACCCCAGGGAGGUGCUGGGGCACCCUGAGGUGGGGGCCCUGCUGCAGGCGCAGGCACUGGGGCCCCUCCUGCCCCCCGAGACCCAGCGCAGCCUUGAGAGCUCCUGCAUCGCCGCUGUCAAGGCGAAGGUGGAGGUGGCGGUGGCGCAGGAGCUGCAGCUCAGCGAGGACACGUGGGCGGAGGAGGCCUCCAGCCAGGAGCUGCAGGAGGGACUGGCCACCCGCGUCACCGGGCUGCUGCGGGCACAUGUGGACCGAGCCCCCCAGAUCACCCCCGAGUUCGGCAUGGAGAUGGCACACAGCCUCCUGGGUGUGCUGGUGGCCUUCCUGCACAGUUUCCAGCGGAAAGUGGAGCGGUUCCUGGAGUCUCCCGGUGAAGCCACUCCACCCGACAGUGCCACCGGCCGGGCCAUCGCCCUGGUCAACUGCUGUCCCCCCUUCAGGACCUUCGCUGAGCGCCUAGCGCAGUUUGGGCACCCAGAGAGUGAGGAGCCCCGGCGCCAGGCCCACGCUGCCCUGGACAAGGUGACCCGGCUCUGCAACCAUGUCCUCACCCAGCGCCUCUUCGAGGACCUCAAGCCCUACUUCAACAAGCUGAUGAAGCGCAAGUGGCUGACGAGCUCCGACGCCUUCGACACCAUUGUGAUGCUCAUCACCAGCUUCACCCAGAAGCUGCGCCCGCUGCACCCCGAACCCUACCAGGUGCUGGUGAGCGAGGUGCACCGGCGGGUGCUCAUUGAGUACGUGCGGCCGCUGCUGCAGGUGCGUUUGGUCUGCACCUCGGCCAAGAUGCGCGCCCGGGUGGCCGCCCGCCUCGGGGACGAAGCCCGCCAGCUCCGCGAGCUCUUCAGCCGCUUGGAUUCGGCCUCGCCCUGGCUGGAUUCGGUGGUGCCGCGGUUGAGAGAGCUGCUGGUGCUGGAGGACACGGCGGCGCUGCAGAUGGAGGUGGGCGUCCUGGUGAGGGACUUCCCCGACGUCCGGCGGAAGCACGUGGCAGCGGUGCUGGACGUGCGGGGGCUGCGGGGCCAAGCGGCUCGGCAGGAGAUCCUGGGAGUGGUGCAGGACCUGGAGCAGAGCGAGGCCGAGCCAGGGCUGCCGCGCCAACGCGCCUUCUUCUCCGAGCUGGCCGUGGCCCGCGAGGUGCGAUGCCUGCCCUUCCAGCUGCCGCGCCUGGCGCGCCUCUCCCGCCUGCGCCUGCGCCGCCCGCACGCCCAGCGCCACGGCCAGGCACGGCUCUGAGCGCCUGCGCCCACCCGUGGGUGCAGCGAGGCAUCCCGGAGAUGGGCACUCCCCUCCCCUGCAGAGCUGGGUGCUCACCUCACUCAAAGAUGGGUGCUCAGCUCCCCCAGAGAUGGGCGCUCGCCUCCCGCAGAGCUGGGUGCAUCGCUGCACCCUGGAGCUGAGUGCUCAGCUCCCCCAGAGAUGGGUGCUCACCUCCCUCAAAGGCGGGUGCUCAGCUCCCCCAGAGAUGGGUGCUCAGCUCCCGCCGAGCUGGGUGCAUCACUACUCCUGAGUUGGGUGCUCAGCUCUGCCAGAGAUGGGCGCUCAGCUCCUGCAGAGAUGGGCGCUCACCUCCCACAGAGCUGGGUGCAUCGCUGCACCCUGGAGCUGAGUGCUCAGCUCCCCCAGAGAUGGGUGCUCACCUCCCUCAAAGGCGGGUGCUCAGCUCCCCCAGAGAUGGGUGCUCAGCUCCCGCCGAGCUGGGUGCAUCACUACUCCUGAGUUGGGUGCUCAGCUCCGCCAGAGAUGGGCGCUCAGCUCCUGCAGAGAUGGGUGCUCACCUCCCGCAGAGCUGGGUGCAUCGCUGCACCCUGGAGCUGGGUGCUCAGCUCCCCCCGAGGUGGACGCUCACCUCCCCCAGAGAUGGGUGCUCAGCUCCCCCAGAGUUGGGUGCAUCGCUACUCCUGAGUUGGGUGCUCAGCCUCCCCAGAGAUGGGUGCUCGCCUCCCCCAGAGCGAGGUGCAUUGCUGCAUCCCAGAGUCGGGUGCCCACCUCCCCCAGAGCCGGGCGCAUCACCCCAAGCCCUGCUUGGACCCCCCCAGACCCAGGUGGGGUUGCACUGCCCCCCUAGACUGUGUAUAAAAGGUGUCAAUGCUGUAAAUUAA